AUGGCUUCUGACGAGCAGCCAGUGACGCAGCCUCUGCGUAUCUCCAAGAACAGUACUCCUAUUUCAUCGCCCACCAAGAGUGGCAUUCCUCGGCCGUUGUCUGAGAUUUCAGCUACCGAACAGCGAAGAAACUCACCUAGCUGGAAUCAAUCCCCUAAGAAGAUGGCUCUAAACACUGAUUCAUCUCCAUUCCAAUCCUCACCUUUGGACGGUACUGCUUCUCCCCGCCUAUUUUGGCAAAAUCGCAAUGUUCACAGCCGCGCUGAGAACGACUUGUAUGGUGGUCGCACCGGUUCUCCGUCGCCUAACAGGCGUUCCUCUAUCGAGCGACUGCAAAAAGCGUCGCGCGUAAAGAACAGUACCAUGUUUGCCAGAGAACAAAAGCAAGAAUACGACCCGACCCGUGUACCGACACUCGAGCGCCCUCUCGCAAAAGUUCAAGGCAAUGCCUAUGCCGGCACUGGCGUGUCCGGCUUUCGAUCGAGCCACGGCCGCACGGAAAGUCAGACCAGCAUAUCGUUAUACACCCCUACAAAAGGUAGCUCUCGUCCGACCCCAGGUCCUGCUGGUUCUCAAUCACCCAGCAAGGAGCAAUCCUCUCCAAUUAAGUCGUCACUUUCUUCGACACGCCUUAAGAGCAGCCAAGAAUCACAGAGUAUUGAUGUCUUCUCGGACCCAUCAUUUGAGGAUCAUGAGCUUCCUAGCGGUAGAUCUCUUCAUCGCCACGCUAAGUCCGUCACCUUUGAUGCUGCACCUCCUCAAGUCAACGAAUAUGAAAUGGCUACUCCCGACCUGUCCUCCAUUGGCACCAACUCUCGUGAAGGUAGUUUUGAAGACGAGGAUGAGGACGACUACGUCUACGACCAUUAUCCAGGAGAUGAUGGUGAAGGACAGGAUGACAGCUUCGAUGCGACGCUAGAAGAUACGGACAAGACACCCGUUGUUGGACCGGAUGAUUGGCGUCAAGAUCGAGAUGCUCGCUUCGACAGUAGCCCCAUGCCUGAGGGCUUCCCGUCUUCGCCAACUGCCGCUCGCCCCCAGCACUCUCGAACAGAUUCGUCCGCUUCUAGUACAGAUCACCGACCUCUCCCUCCCCUCCCCGGUGCUAUGGGCCAUGCCCGAUCUCAGUCUUCGUCCUCAAAUGGACUGUCCGCUACAGCAGAGCGCAUGCUAGGCUCUCCUCGAAGUCUCCCUUCCCCACCCCCUGCUUCCGUAAGCAAGUCCGAGAUCCACAAUAUUGGUAAUGGCAAUAUGUCUCUAGAGGAGCGAUUGAAGCUCAUGAUGCUUUCCGACGAGACAAGCCCUAAAGCCGAUAGCUCUGCUAAGACUUUCGCUGAACAACAACGAGAGCGUCGCAUGCGACGAGCAGGUGCUCGCGAUAGAGUUAUGAGCCCUACUCCAGAACGCGAGGACCCAGACGUUAUAGCCAAUGAAGAGGAUGACACGGUCGGUGAUCUGUCAGGACUUGACAUGGAUUAUCAGCUACCCAGCAUCUCCAGACAGUCCAUCUUGCGUCGUGUUAAUGGCAAUAAGGCGCUCGAUCAGGAAGCCGACUUGACGUUCAGCUCACCAGGUCCAGAAUUGGGACCUGCUCGUAGCACUCCUUAUGAUCCGGAUGUCCCUAUCGCUAGUAUCGAGGACUCUAUUCUUGAUGAUGCUACUGAGGCGAACGAGGACAGCGUUAUUGUCCACGAUGUCGCGCAUGAGAGUGAAGAUGACAAGGCUGAUGUCUAUGACCUUUACCAGCGUUCUGAGGAUGACGAAGAUGGCGAUACCGCUUCUCAGAAGGAUGAUCACGAUGAUGACACAGACAGCCAUUACUCUGACGAAAUUGACAAGAUCGAGUCAACAGAAACACAGCCCGAAGAAGAGUCCAUCACAACUCCUCGAGCUGCUAGCCCGGUACCUGACAGUGCCAUUACAAACUUUAGUGCCACGCUUCCUCAAGUGAACAAUCCGUCUAAGGAUGCGGAUUUCACACGAAGCUUGCAGUCGCACAUGCUUCCAAAGCCUAAAGAUGUAGAUGCGUUGACAUACUCUGAAAGUCACAAAAUGUCGGAUGCCCAGGCUUACAUGCAGAGGCUGUACACUCCAGAAAAACCAAUGUCGAAACCGGAGUAUGACGGAUCUGGGUGGGGCGAACCAGAAGAAGAAUAUGACGAUGAACCUGGCACCCCAGAAUCUGUAAUCCACCACCCCGUCUCUGACGAUGACAUAGAGGAGGAGGAGGAAGAAUUCGAAGAGGAACUAGAGGAACUAGAGGAGGAAGAAGUUGAGGAGCAACUAAUUGAAUCCCCAGCAAUUCCAGAGCGGGAAGCAACCAUUAGAGCGUCCGGCUCUAAGUUAAAGACCCGCGCGUCGGCGACCCCGUCAGACAUUAUUGCUAUGCGCGAGGCCCGUAGACAAGUCAGCCGAGAAGUGGCACCUGAAGUUCCGCCCAUUCCUGAGCGACAUCGCAACCGCCUCUCUCGCGACCUUGCACCUGACAACCUUGACGUCCCUACUGGUGAUGAAUUUUUAGAACGCCACCCAAGCUUUAAACAACGCAGCCUAACAUUAGAUCUCGACUUAGGCCUCAGCCUUGAUCAGGAUUUUGAGCGGGUAAUCGAGGCACAAAAGGUUGGACCCCUCCCCCUUGCGCAAAAUCAACCCCGUUCGGGUGCUGGGCCGACAAGACAAGUGUCCGGCUUGACUCGUGAAAAAAUAAACACACAACCCACUUACCCCCGACCAUCUUACGAGACUAACUUUAAAACUACUCAACAGCGAGGUUACCUUAUGCGCCAAAAUACAAAGCUUGUAACUGCAAGUGACAAAGACACUGAGGAAGCCCGACCUGGCACACGUUCUGCUGGUAAUUCACCUGUCAAACAACAACGACCGCAAUCUUGGACUGUCGAACCUUGGAAUGGUAAGCACAGGCGAAGUAUUAAAAAACGACAUGGCCCGAGCAUAGGUGGUCAAGUACCUCCUAUGCCUGGUCGAGAGAGUAACGCAACAGCCAUGAGCUCGCUACCCGAGGAGGAUGGCCCCGAAUUGGCAACUGAGGAGUGCGGUGAGCGUGGUCGACUAUUUGUAAAGGUGAUGGGAGUAAAGGAUCUCGAUCUACCUCUACCUAAGAAUGAACGAACUUGGUUCAGCUUGACUCUCGACAAUGGUGUACAUUGUGUUACUACAUCUUGGCUGGAGUUAGCUCGUAACGCGCCUAUCGGCCAAGAGUUCGAGCUCGUUGUUCCUAAUGAGCUAGAGUUCCAACUCACUCUUAAUGUCAAGCUGGAACCUCCCGCACCUCAACAAGCACCAGUUGCUGUAGCUAAGGCAUCAAAACCUAAGACUUCUGCCUUUUCUCGCGUAUUUGCUAGCCCGAAGAAGCGAAAGGAGAUGGAAGCUCGUCAACGCGCAGAGGAAGAAGCAUACGCUCAAGCCCAGCGAGACGCUACCAAACAACGAAACGCUCCACCCAGCGCAUGGGAUCUACUAUCCCCUCUCACCGCAGAGAACGGAACCUUCGCACGCUCAUAUGUGUGCCUUAAGGAGCACGAAUCUCGCUGCUAUGGACGCCCGUACAUGGUUGAAAUCGCGGCUUUCAACGAGUGGGCUGCUGAGGAAGCUGCCUUUGCCAGUAGCGUCAAGAGCAAGCGCACUGGAAUCUCUAGCAACACGGUGGUUCGUAAGGCUCCUUACAAGAUUGGCAAACUCGAGGUACAGCUGCUCUUCGUACCGCGUCCUCGAGGAUCUACCGAUGAUGAUAUGCCUAAGAGCAUGGGCAGCUGUAUCCGAGAGUUGAAGGCAGCUGAAGAGAGACUCAGCAAAAACUGGGAGGGACAUCUAAGCCAGCAAGGCGGUGACUGCCCAUACUGGCGUCGUCGCUACUUUAAGCUAGUCGGCACCAAGCUCACUGCGUACCACGAGACAACACGCCAGCCUCGUGCCACUAUCAAUCUUUCCAAUGCCAAGCGACUCAUCGAUGACAGGCGUCAACUGACCGAUCCCGAGACUACCGGUCGUAAUGGCAAGAGACGUCGCUCUGCUUUCGCCGAAGAAGAGGAAGGUUACAUGUUCGUUGAAGAAGGCUUCCGCAUUCGAUUCAAUAACGGUGAAAUUAUCGACUUCUAUGCCGAUACUCGUGAGGACAAGCACGGAUGGAUGAAGGCUUUAGGUGACGUUAUCGGUCGAGCCGGCGUUGAUGACGACGGCAGCGCGCCCAACGGUCGCCGCAAGUGGUGCGAUCUCAUCCUUAAGAGAGAGGAGAUGCUUCGCAAGCGUGCCGAGUCCAGACGCGUUCAUUCCAGAACUAAGAGUAUGAUCGUCUAA